AGCACACGGUGAGUCUCGGAGCGGAAAUGAGCACACGGUGUGCAGGGCCGUGUUCUGCUGAAAUAUAAAUGAUCUACAAGGCGUCAGCAUUCCGUAGUGAGUGAUUGUGAGCACCGGUGGGAAUAUUUCUAGCCGAUGAUAUGUUUUGCCAUGGCAAUGGCAGUGUACGUUGAAUUAUAAAACAAAGCGCAAAAUGAACAAGCGCCUCGGUUGCGGAUUCAUUAGCUCAGACACUGGUACAUCUGUUGCAAGGCAGUCGGUGGUCUGGAUAGUCGAGAAGCGCUUUAAAGACGACGUUUGGUACAAAGGAUUGACAGUAACUGAGAGUAUUUAAAGGGAAAUAUGUGAAUUGUGAUGAUUAGAGUUGAUCUGUUAUUUAUUUGUUAUGGUUAUAACCAAGAACAUCUUCUAAUUCUAUUCCCACUGUGGUCAAUGAACUUUAAUUCUGAAACGCAAUUGUAAAAGACCGUAUGUUCGCACAAGCUCUACCAAACAAACCAAACUGAAAUGGUUUUGUCAGAGAUCGGGUAAAAAUGAUUCCACUCGCACUGUCUCUCUCCCACACGGAGUCGUAACUUCCAAGACGAUCUUUUGCUGGAUCACACUUCCUCGUACACAUGAAAUGAAAGUGACAGUCACAAAACGAACGACGACCAAGCCCAUUGAGCAGCAACGCUUCGGGCGGGCGAUAAGCGCUGUCCAGAUUUGUUGUUCAAGGGCAAGGUUAUCUCGUGUUUAAGCGAUUAGGCAAGAGCUACGACGGUUGAACGAUUGUCCGUAGCCAAACAUCAAUACCGUCUUCAGUCGCAGUACUCAAACUCAUCGCCGGCGGUUGGGCAUCUCUCUGUGCAAAACAUUCUAACCGCUCAGUCGCGCAGUGCAGUUACAAUACAAUGUUGCCACGGAUAGCUUUGGCGAGGCUGGUAGGCCGCACCGGUGUCACGUUUGGAGCGUCAACCAGCAGCUACUGCACCUCCACGGCCGAUCACUCGUUUGCGACGAUCAAACCGAAAAAGAUCAAUUACGAACGCAUUGGAAUCGUCGGUGUACCGUUCGACAAGGGCCAGCGCAAGAAGGGUGUCGGUUUGGGGCCCAAAGCGAUCCGUGAAGCUGGCCUGAUCGACCACAUCCAGGAGAUAUCGCCCAAGCUGAACAUUAAAGAUUACGGUGACAUCCAGUAUGAAGCGCUCAACUUCCAGGGCCGUAAGGUGGGCAACAUGAAGAAGCUGGAGCACGUGGCCAGCUGUAGCAGGAACUUAUCGCACCAGGUGACGGAGGUGCUGGAUGACGAUCGGUUGUGCAUAACGCUCGGCGGAGAUCAUGCGAUCGCGAUUGGAUCGAUCGAUGGUCAUCUGCACCACAGCAAGGAUGUGGCCGUGAUUUGGGUCGAUGCACAUGCGGACCUGAACACCAACUCGACCUCCCCGUCCGGGAACAUUCACGGUAUGCCGGUGGCGUUGCUUGCCCGCGAGCUGUGCGAUUACUGGCCGUACAUCCCCGGCAUGGACUGGCAGGAGCCGAUCAUUUCGAUCAAGAACCUUGCCUACAUCGGGCUGCGGUCGGUCGAUCCGUACGAGCGGGCAAUCAUCGAGAAGUUUGGCAUCAACGCGUUCGGCAUGCGGGAGGUGGAAAAGUACGGCAUCCGGGAGGUGAUGCGCAUGGCGCUGGAACGGAUCGAUCCCAACGGUGAGCGGAGUUUGCACGUGAGCUACGACAUCGAUUCGCUGGACGUGCUGGAAGCACCGAGCACGGGCACAAGCGUCCGGGGCGGACUGACGCUGCGCGAAGGCAUCUACAUUAUGGAGGAAGCGUACGGGACGGGCCGGCUGGCCGCGGUCGAUCUGGUGGAGGUGAACCCGGCCAUCGGCACACCGGAGGACGUGCGGCGUACGGUGGAAGCGGCCAUACAUCUACUGGUGGCAGCCUGUGGUCACAGCCGCAAGGGUGACAUUGCCGACACGUUGGAUUUGAUACAAAAGUGAAGAGUGAGGUCCGAUCGAUCGGCUGGUGCCCCGUGUGCUCUUGUUUGUAUGUAUUUACCCGAAUGCGAGUGACUCAAUAAAUUUUCCUUCUUGUAUACACGUA